CCAAUUUCAGCCAUUUUCAAACUGGUUUAUGUGCACUGAACAUCUGUUCUCUUACAGGUUUAAACCAGUUUCUGAUCACUUAAACCAGUUUAUGUAAUGCCUGUCCCUAGACCUAAAGCCUACUUAACAUGGAAAAUUCCCUCCAGGGGCUGACAGGGAGGGAAUGGUGAAAGUUUGCCCUAGAAGACUGAAAGAGAACCAGAAGCUAUCUUACAUCUUAGUUUUAAGGAAUGUUAUGUGCUUCUUCCCCAAUGUCUGAUGGCCAUUCACAGUGUAAUGAACACCAAACAUAGCAUGCUGCCAGGUUUUCAGGGUACAAUCCAGCCCAUUGUUAAAAAUUGUCUUACUAAUAAUACAGAUAUAAUACUAAUAUAAAUAAUUAUAGGAUAUGGCAAAACACCCAUAGAAUUCCUUAAGACUAGGAUUUCUCCCAUGGGAGAACAGGAAUCAUCAUCUGUCUUUGAGUCUGUAUAGGAUUUUGACUCAUGCCAAUAACCCAUCAACAGAACAGUAUUACAGCUCCCCCCCCACUACCUUUUUCUUUGAGCAGUAAGAUACAGCAUUAAAAAAGUCUUUACCUCUCAUUGAACAUCAGAAGAAAGAUUUAUAUUUCUGUGAACUUCUCUUAUUGAUUGGAUAUUCUUCUGAAAGCAAGCCACUAGAGCAGUGAUUAUCAACAAGAGUGAAAUGGCAACCUGAGGUGCCAUUAAAUCCUUUUAAAGGUACCACAGGGUGCUGCCGUUAGUUGUGCAAACACCUGCAUGAUUCACAAAAUAAAUCCAGAGAUUUCAAAUAAAAAUUCAUCGUGUUAAAUACAUGCUGACUUGUGGUCUUUCCAAGUUCUUUGCAACAGAAGACUUGCUCUAUUAUUUUUCCAUAGACAAAAAUUAGUGAAAGCUGAGAGCUGGCAUUUUCCAAAGGGUACUUUGAGUCUAACAAGGAUGAGAAACACUGCACUACAGAAAGAAGGACUUCAGUGCAAUCUAUCUGUAUCCUGGACUCAUUUGCAACUUUUCUUUCCUCUCCUCUUUUACUCAUCAAAUAUUUUCUCAUCUUCCCAAAACCACAUUUCCAGAGCAACUAAACUUAGAGUAAAAAAUAAUCCUUUUCCAAAGGCAGUUAAAGAUAAAGAAUGCAUCUUCAGUUCAUUGUAUUAUCAGGGAGAAAGAAUGAAUGGCCUAAGAUGAUGAAUGGACUAGCUGUUUGACCACCACUUCCAGCCCUACUUUUCUAUUAUUCUAAAUCCUAGGUUACAAAAAUGUCAGAAAAAGAAUAUUACAUUAUAUUGCAUUGUAUUGUAUCCAUCAUUAUCACACCUCCGUUCAAAAGAAAUAUGUUCUGUAAAUUUUAUUAGUCACAGGUCUUCCAGAGUCUACCACUUUCAAAAUAUUAUCCUGAAACUAAGCUGAUAGCUACAUUAAAAAAAAAAAAGGAUUGGAUAAAAAAUACAGAGAACUAUAGAUAAGUGCAUAUACAUUAGAGAUGCUUGGUUUUAUUUUUAGAAGCAUCUGUGUUCUAUCCAUAACUUCUUCUGAUCCUACACUAGAAAAUUUGCUCUGAAAAAAUCACAGCUUGAAACAUAUCCAUCUUUCACAUUUAGUUUAUAUUUUUAUAAUUUGAACAAGAAGCAAAAUAUGGGAAUAAUACACAUUUAGUUUUUACAUUUUGAUCACAAAACCUGAAAAUGCAUAUGUGGGGAAGUGAAGAAAAGUAUGUAGAUUGUUUUUAAACCUUAUAUUUGUAUGUAUAUUGUAUUUUGUCCUGAGGCAAGUAAUUUCUGAUGCUAUCAAAAUGUUAUCGAACAACUCCAUCAACAAUGUUUUGAUCAUUGAAAUUAUUAAAUGAAAAAUGAAGUUUAAAUGAUGUAUUGAUGAAUGCUAAACACUGGAUGGCAGCAUUACACUGCAUAUACAGUCCUCUAGCCCAGUGGUUCUCAACCUUUUUCCUAUUGGGAACCAUUUGCAAAGAUUGACGGCUUGUCCCGACCCAGACCCCCCUGGCCCUACUGGUGCCUGACCCACAGUGCCCCUCCCCCCCCUAGCCCUGCCGUAGCCUUGGCACCUGGCCAUCCAGCCACCUUCCCCCAGUGCCAGCAGGCACUUGCCCCGCCCCCCCACCGACACACUCAUCCCCUCCACACAUGCACAUGCACACACACGCAUGCACACACCACCCCCAACAGUCCCUACGCCUUGGCCCUCCAACCCCCACUUCCCAUACAUUUACUUUCAUCCCACUGCUGGGGCUGCUCUCAUGACCCUGCCUGGCUGCAUGUUGGCUAUGCCCAUGCAACCCCUUGCAGGCUGGAAUGCUGCCAACCUGCAAAGGGAAACCCACAUUUCGUGCAUUUUUCUGGCACUUAAGACCCUUUGAAAUAUUCUUGUGACCCACUUUUGGGUCAUGACCCACAGGUUGAGAUACGCUGCUGUAGCUUGUUAGUCUAUCCUUUCUACCCUUACAUGUUACAUGUAAGAAUUACAUGUAGGACUUCUUAUCCUUAGCUAAUUCCCAUUAUGUCACUCAGUACAUUAAACUGAUGAAAUCUGGAUUAGCAAAUCCUUGUUCUGAUUCUCUUUAGCUUCCCGUAGAUUUGAUCGGAUCCAAAACAUCUUUUGGGUGCUUAGACUUGCAGCUAAACCCAGAACUUGAUGACUUAGAUUAAGGAAAGGACAAAAUAAAUUUCAUAGUUUCAUAGUUUCAUAGUUUUAGGGUUGGAAGGGACCUAAUAGAUCUUCUAGCCCGACCCCCCGCCAGGGCGGGAGAACAACAAAAAACCCUAAAAACAAAAACGGGACUCAAAUGAGUCCAGCCAAGGAGUGCUUCAUUGGAAAAAGAGUAUUUUAAAGAAAAAAAUAAUACUUAAAUAUUCUCUUACAAAUAGUGAUGUUCAAGACAAUAAAAACACAUGCCCCCCGGCACCCCUUAUAAAAGCAAUUCUGCCACUCUAGAUUAGUAUCCAGUACUGGCAAUUUAGAUAGAAAGUGUGAGAAAGCCCUGUAGUAAGUACUAAAUUAUAAUUUCCUUCCUGUAUUUUUCAUAGAUUUUAUCAAAACAUAAUCAUGAUCAUUUUCAAAUUUUAUUUGCUCUGUUCCUUACCAAAAUGGAUGUUUGUCAAAUGUUUAUCAAAACAUAAUCAUGAUCAUUUUCAAAUUUUAUUUGCUCUGUUCCUUACCAAAAUGGAUCAGCAGCCAAAUUGAUAUAUUAGACGAUUAAGAUGAUAUGUUAGACUCUUCACACUGAUUUAAACUUCCUAAUGUUAAAGUAGACUCUGCUGUGCUCAUUCCUUUUGAGCUAUUUACAACUACUCUAUCAAUAACCAAGGGAGUCUACGUUGGUGUAAUUUAAUGCCUAGAACUAGAAGUAGGGAAAAUCAAAGUAGUGGCAGGGCUAUUUUAAUUUAUGCUCCCUUUUUAGAUGUUUGAUGUGCAAAUACACCAACCUAGCAUACAUUAGGUAGCAAUAGUGGAGGCAUAAUAUGUUCUAAGAAAACCUUUAAUCUAAUUCUUAAAUCAGUUAACUCUGACUCAAGGGUAAUCUGAAUAAGUAGUCUUGCUGGACAAUUCUAUGCACUAUAUUGCAACAUAUAUCUUGUUGCUGACAGCAUGAACCACUCCUCUGGCAAUUACAUUUUUGGGGCCGGAUCCUCAACUGGUCUAAAUUGGUGCAGCUCCAUUGGAAGUUUCAGUUGGAAUUAAAUGCAAGUGAGUCGUCUAAGGAGACUACUGCCUGGCUGCCUAUAUGUAAUCAAUUGCAAGAAUGCCCUAACAGUUAGUCUUGGGUUGUUUUUUUACUGAGUCCCCCACCUUCUGCCACUUCUCCGCUCUCCUUGGUCAUCACUGCCAUACAUUUUGACAUGCAAUAUAUAUUUUUCUAUUAUAUUGAUUGUACUAGGAUGUAUUAAUAAUAUUUCAAGCUGUGUAAUUCAUUUAAUAUGUUUUACCAAAAUGUUCUAGUCAUUUAUAUCAGCGUUCAGUACUACUAGGGAUGUGGAUUUAAAUCCAUUUUGUUACUGUGAUACACCUUCCUUUUAAAACUAUAAACUAAAUUACUCUAGUUUUCAUCUAGGGUAAUUUCAUGGACUUUGUGGAGUUAUUUUGAUCAAUCUGAAUAAAGAAAAUGUAAAUCUGUCAAGUAUUUCUACUUGAAUUGUAAAUUUAGCAUAUCAGGUUUUAAUCUGGAUGCUAAUGUUUUUGUUUAAAAAGAUAUACCUAGGUAAUGUUUUAUAAACCUCAUUCUGGAAUGAUUCCCAUAUUAAUAGUUGGGCACAAAUGAGCUACAUGAUAAUUAAGGAUUCUGUACUGCACUUUUGAGAAUCCUUAUGAAAAUUUUCUGGUAUUGAAUUCAUUUAUGCUUGCAAGAGUAGAAUCCAAGAUGACAUCAAUUUACAUGGUUUUGCAUGUCAUUGCCAUUUACCUUUUCAAGGUUCUGCAUAAAGUUAGGAGUCAAAACUUUUGAGUCACCAGUUUAAGACAUUUAACAGAAACCUGAUGCUCAGAAGCCAUCAGCAUCAUUAGCAGCAGGUCCCUUUGAUCCAAAACAUAUUUGAGUGAGUGGAAAGACUACUAUCGAUUUCAACCCCUAAUCUCUCACAUACAUCAGAAAUCUUAAGCAGGCAACUAAAAUUGAUAUUUAUGAAAAUUCAAAAAUAUUAAAAAUUCAAAUUUGAUUUGUUUAUCUCUAUGUAUAUACAUUACAUGCAGAGACGCACACAUAUGUGUGUACAUUUUUAAUUGAAUGUGUGUGUGUCUGUGUGUGUGUACUUUCUUUAAUUUUCCCUGUGCCUGAGGAAGGGUGUGUGCACCUGAAAGCUUGCAGAAAAAAGAUUUUUUUGAGUGAUUUCUUAGUUGGAUCUACUAAAAUCUAAUAAAAGGCAUAAUCUCUGAACCAAGUGUUCUACAGUUUUGCACUUCUUUUUGUGUGUAUAUUUAAUAUUCCACACGAUGUUGAAUUGAGAGUUCAAGCAAAACUAUCAAUUGCUCAUUGUGACCACAAUGGGGGAAGAAAUGAGAUAAGGAAAAAAAAAGUGGCAGAUUUCACUUCGGGUUUAUUUUUUCUUUGAAGGCUUGAGUCAGCUUCCUAUCUGAGUGAUGAAUAAACCUAGUUCUGCACUUACAUCUUUUCAACACUUCCAGUCAAAUGCAUAGAGCAACAUAUGGUGCUGGCAUCUGUAGAAGAAGAGCCCGCCAGAGAUGGGUCAAGUCACGGAGCUAUUAAGGAGGAAUGCGGCUAUUGUCCCACAUCCUUUGUUUCUAAGAUAGACAAGAUGUUUUUCAUUUAUCUGGUUGCAAGCCGGGCACCUCCCGUCCAGUUGAUAGGUGACAAAGACAGGCCAGCUCGUCCCCUCUUGUCACACACGGUCGAGUUUCAGGCUCACUGCAUGUUUUGCAACUAUUGCAGUUGGGCUAAUAAAAUAUUCCGGAUUUACCCAAAGAACCUGUCUGCCCGUGUCCUUAGCGGCUACACCUCCUACUCCAGUUCCGGGCACCGCUUGCGUGCACAUGGCAAGGGGCAGCAGCUCUCCGAGCCCGGGCUUGAGGCAGCGCAGGAGGAGUUGUCAGCGGCCAGGCUGGGAAGCGUCGGGGAGAGCCGCUUUGCUCGGGUGAGCUAUUUGAGAAAGAAAGUAACUCAAUCCCGACAGCAGGCGGGGUCCGGUGAUGUAACAGGAAGCUCUGAUGUUUCCCUUCUGCCGCCGAUCGCUUACAAUCUGCCCCCGCUUCCAAGUGCGCGCACAGCAACUCCUCUUCCCAGGCAGCCCAGGUCCUGGGCUCCCCACACCCGGAUUAUACCCGGCUCUCCUCACCCCCUCCUCCAGGGAGGACGGCUUCUCUCUGGCUCCCGACCUGCGGAGGGGAAGAUCAAGCGCAGAAGCUGGAGCCAGGAUUUCCCCAGGCGCCGUGUGCGAUCAUUAAUAGGACCCCAUUCUAUCAACAGUUCAUAGAAUCAUAGAAGUAGGGUCGGAAGGGACCUUGUAGAUCUUCAAGUCUGACCCCCUGCCUGGGCAGGAGGGAAACUGGGCUCAACAGACCCCAGCCAGGAUAUGACUACUGGGUAAGACAACAUCUCAAAGACGAGAGUGUGUAUGAACAAAGGAAAAAUGUUGUUUGAGUCUGAAGACUGCUUCACAUCUUGAUCUUAUUGUUGAACGGUAGUAUUUAAAUACAUUGCAUCAGAUCUAGUGAUGGAGACAAACUGGACCAUAUGUUUGCUACUCCUCUUAUCUGUUACUAUGUUUUUUGCCACUGCUAUACCAGCUGAGGCACAUCAGAAUAAUACAGAAGACAUUGGUCAGCUGAGUGUUACCCGGAAUAAGAUUAUGACAGCACAGUAUGAAUGCUAUCAGAAAAUCAUGCAAGAUCCCAUUCAUAGAAAAGAAGGUACUUACUGUAACAGAACAUGGGAUGGUUGGUUGUGCUGGAAUGAUGUUGUUGCGGGUACCACAUCAGUACAACGCUGCCCUGACUAUUUUCAGGACUUCAACCCAUCAGAAAAAGUUACGAAGAUCUGUGAUCCAAGUGGACACUGGUUUAGACACCCUGAAAGCAACAGAACCUGGACAAAUUAUACCCAGUGCAAUAGCUAUACACAUGAAAAAGUGAAGACAGCCUUGAAUUUGUACUACUUGGCCAUCAAUGGACAUGGUCUUUCAAUUGCAUCACUCUUGAUUUCCCUUGGCAUCUUCUUUUAUUUUAAGAGCUUGAGUUGCCAAAGGAUCACCCUCCAUAAAAAUCUGUUUUUCUCUUUUGUUUGCAAUUCCAUUGUUACAAUAAUUUGGCUGACUGCAGUUGCCAACAACCAGCAGUUAGUUGCGACUAAUCCAGUUAGUUGCAAAGUGUCUCAGUUCAUUUACCUGUAUCUAAUGGGUUGCAAUUACUUCUGGAUGCUCUGUGAAGGCAUUUAUCUGCAUACUCUCAUUGUGGUGGCUGUCUUUGCAGAGAAACAGCAUUUAAUGUGGUAUUAUCUUCUUGGCUGGGGAUUCCCAUUGAUCCCUGCCUGCAUUCAUGCGGUAGCUAGAAGUUUAUAUUACAAUGACAACUGCUGGAUCAGUUCUGAAACACAUCUGCUGUACAUCAUCCACGGUCCUAUUUGUGCUGCUCUAUUGGUAAACUUUUUUUUCCUGUUGAAUAUUGUGCGAGUUCUUAUAACAAAGCUAAAAGUUACACACCAGGCAGAAUCUAAUCUGUAUAUGAAAGCUGUGAGAGCUACCCUGAUUUUAGUGCCACUUCUUGGCAUUGAAUUUGUGCUGAUUCCAUGGCGACCAGAAGGACGUAUUGCUGAAGAAGUAUAUGACUAUGUGAUGCAUAUCCUCAUGCAUUAUCAGGGUCUGUUGGUGGCUACAAUUUUCUGCUUUUUCAACGGAGAGGUCCAAGCUGUUUUGAGAAGACACUGGAACCAGUACAGAAUCCAAUUUGAACACAGCUUCAGUCACUCAGAUGCUAUUCGCACAGCUUCCUACACAGUAUCAUCGAUCAGUGAUGUUCAGGGUUACAGCUACAAUCAUGAUUCCACCACUGAACAUUUAAAUGGGAAAGGAUACCAUGACAUGGAGACGGUUGUUUUAAAAACUGAAAAGCUAUAUGGCUGACCGCUAGAGACUCUUUAGAUCUUCAGUACUCUAAUCCUCAGAGUUCAUGAACUUGACCUGUUGAUUUAGUGACUUCAUGGCCAGAUUUUUGCCAAACCUGGGACGUUUUUUCCUGAAUGAUGCAACCUAAGACAACAUAUUCCUCACAUGUAUAUUCAUUUAUACAUACAUAUAUAUAUGUGUGUGUGUGUGUGUGCGCAUGUAUGUGUGUCAAUACAGUAUGGACACAUAAAUAUAUAUGUAUGCACAAAUAUAAAAGUACAUUUAUAAAAAUACAGACUUUGCCUCUUCAGUUUCUACCGUGUAGACAAAGUUGGCAAUUUUUCGUAUGAAGGGAAUCAAUGAAAGAUUUCUUAUUUUCCUGAAAGCUUGUAUGAAGACUAGGUUAUAUUGUAAGCCACUUCAUUUGCAAGAACUCAGCUUGUAAAUACUUUAUUUAUCAUAUUGUAAUGUUUUACUUCAACUGAUACAUGCAACCUAAACAAGUGAUUAAGGCAAGUGCCAGAACUACAAUAAGAUGUCCAGGUUAAUAUCAUAUACAACAACAUAUAACUAUUUAGAAAGACAGACUGUUUAGGGCAGGAUUGCAGCAACCUAUGGCUUGUUGGCUGGAUUUGGCCUCCCCAGUGAUUUAAUUCAGCCUGCAAAGCCAGGACAUAGGUGGCAAUUUGGUGGUGAGACACCCACCUUUUGAAUGAACUCCAUUACUUCAUCCUGCCACUCCUAAAAGGUUGCCGAGCCCUGAUUUAAGAUAAUGGACUUUGAUAUAUUGGCAGUGAGCUGGCUCAUUUUUGCUUCUGUUUUAAACCAAGCAUAAAAGGAUACAGAUGCUACUGCCAGAAAUCUGCGGUAUGAAACCACCCAACUGCAUCUAUCCUGCAAUGUAAUGCUGUACAACAAAUUCUGAAAAGCGCGUGUGUGUGUGUGUGUGUGUGUGUGUGUCUUCAGUGGCAGUUUCCUGUUGACUUUAAUGAGAGCAGUACUAGUUAGGUGCACUAGUUAGAAAAGUCCAUUAUUAGUACACAUGUAACUUUUAAUUCCUUUUUCAACAAAGCUUAUUCACAAAUGAGUUUGAUGGAACUUAAAGGCAUGCUUAAACAUGCUGCGGAUCUUUGGCAAGUCUACUUGCAUUGAAAGAUAAUUAUUCUUUAACACAUACCUUGAUCCUUAGCUUAUAAGGCAAAAUUUGUAUUGACGCUCUGCGAGUCUUGCCUGAAAUGACAUGCAAGAUUGGAUGCUAUUUAAAUAAUAGUGUCAAGACCUUAGACCUAGGUGAUUUUUAGAAUUAUCGAGUUGGAAAGGACCCCAAGGGUCAUGUACCCCAACCUCCUGCAUGGAUGCAGGAUGCACUGUUCCUAAGCCAUCCAAGACAGAUACUUAUUCAGCCUCUUUUUGUAUGUUGGAAUUUUUCAGUGUUCAGAAAGCUUGUUACAGUAUAAGCUCUGUCUUAUAAAAAAUCUUUGGAGCCUUUUUAAAGUGUAUUGUUUAGGAAAUUCAACAUUAUAUUGUGAUUGUUGAUUGUAUAAGGUUUGAAUCUGCCUCAGUUUACUCAAAGUUGAGCCGUACUAUAUUCCAUGAGUUCAUUGUUUCUAUUCCUCGUGAAUAAGGAUGUCGGAAUAGAAUUUAUGGUAAACAAACAAUUAUUGUGAAGGCUGUUAAAAAGGUCUUAAGAAAAUGUCUUUGAAUACAGCAUUUUAUGUAUGCUUUAAAAGUGUUAUUUUUUUACAUAGUGUAUUUUUAUAUAGAAAUGGAAGGAAAAAAAUCAAGACUAGGGGAGCAUGGUAGAAGAUGACCAUCGCGCUCAGAAAAUCCUGUUUAGAAGCAAAGAGGAAAGAAAAACACUUUAUUUUUAGUUAAUGGCUUGUUUAAGUGAAGGAAACUGAAAAGGAUGAAAAUCUAGUGGCAGGGUUGAUAGAAUUUUAUCAUACAAAAAUAUUUCUGAUUUAUGAAAGCCAGCCCGAGAGGUAAUAAAAAGCUUUUCUAAAAACAGUUUGAUUUUAAAAGCUUAUGAUUAAACAUUAUGAAUUCAGGUUUAGCUAACCCAGUGCUUAUUGGUGUGUGAUUUCCUAAGGCUUUGGAUAAUGUUUGUCUUCAUCAUUGCAGUUUCAAAAGAUGUUAGGAAAAUGCAGUGCAUUCAUAACACUUGCAGUUUACCAUAUAUUUUAGAUCUUCUACUGGUUGGUGUUUAACUUGGAAGGGAUUCUGCUAAAAACUUUAUGAAAAUAUAGAAACUCAGACAUGUUGCAGGCAUCAAGAUUUUUGGUCAGAUAACAAGGUGUCUGACUGAGUGCAUAUGAACUUCAUGAAAGUCAUAUGGAAGCUGUACUUAUUUCAGUGCCAGGUUCUAGAAAUCAAGUGUCAUAAUAUUUACUAUUGUGAGGGAUACAACCUGCUUACCAAUUUGCUUUCUGACCAAGUUGCUUGAACAACAUUUUUUUAUUAUUAUUUGGUUUGAAUGAAAUUCCUAGAAAACUUAAGUGGUGUAGACAUCCUGCUCAGAUGUGAACUUCACGCAUGGGAUUAGAUUCUCGUCUGCUGUAAAUCAGCAUAGUUCUCUGCAAGUCAGUGGAAAUAUGUAGAAUUACAUGAACUAAAGAUCUUGCUCUUUAAGUUCAUGGUCCAGAUCCUCCAAGGCCUAUCUCCCACUGAAAUCAAUCGUCAAAAUAAUCAGGUGCCUAACUAAUUCACAUUUAUCUUGGAAGACAUAUGCCCAUGUGUAAUCUAAACAGCAAGUUCUACGUUUUUAAGCUUUUAACUUCCUUAGGGUUUCUUUACAUAAGAUUUCCUGAUGCUUGAUUCAAAAGUGCCUGACUAGACUAUCAUGAUUAAAUCAUAAAUGAUAGCUGAAAAACUGUUGUAAUCUCAGAGUUAAAUUAGAAGAGCUCAGUUUUAUUUCAGUUAGUGCAACUCCACAUCCUUUACUGAAGAAAGGACUGGGUGCCAGUAGUACCCUGUCAUUUCACGAGAGCUUUGUAUUUGUAUGGCACAUCAAGAGAUGAUGGCUACAGCUACAGUGCUUUAGGUAAAAGGGUUAUCCUAACAGUUUGAGUGGAGAAAUACAAUGUACUGUCAGGUGCCCUCUUCUCUUUAGGAAAGAGUUUACAUUCAUGUAGCCCUUGCAAGGUUGUAUGAAACACAACCCUUGCUGGGCAUUGUGCCCCAAAUACUAUAUAGCUCUAUUGUACACUGAGUUUGAAGUAGAACAUCUUCCACCUGGCACUUUCAUUGUAGAAUAGGUUUCCUACUUCUUUUUCUUACCAUAUCACUCUUACAUCCUCGGCUGCUGAAAGCAGGAUUUCUUUCUACUGUGAUGCUUAAUCAAAACAUCAAAUCCUUAUGCUGAUUUUCCUUGUGGUUUUUUGUUUUAUACCUUAUUAGAGCACAUGAGACAAAUCAUUGUGCAGUUUUUACUUAUAUUCUGAAGGAAAAGAGGCAACCGUUCAUUUUUAAUAGUUCUUUUUAACAGGACAGCAUUUGUCACUGCAGUUCCACAUUUGUAUGUAUGAUGAGUAUUUUCAAUCUCUCUUGUUUAGAAUCUUGUGUAAUAUUUGAUAUCUGUAAUAUCAAGAUGUUAGUUUUAUAUGUCUGGAUAUUCAAAUAAUAGAAUGUGUCUAUUUUUAUCCUACUGCCUUCAUUUAACAAAUUGCCACAAACAACACUUAGUUCGAGGCCUGUACUGGGAUCUCAGUUUAUUCCAUUUUUUGUAAAUGUUAACUUAACACUUUUUGGCAUUCUGUAUUUUUUUCAUAGUGAGUACUGGGCUGUAGAAAUGCUACAACACAUACUUUUGUGUUACCAUUACAUGCCAUGAAACAUUUAUGCUUGGAAUUAGGCAAAAUUCAAGUAUUGUACAAUGUAAAUAAGAUUAAUGAAGCUAUGGCAUUGUAUUUAUUGCUUAUAGAGUAAGACUGAAACGAAAAAUGUGAACUUAUUUUGUUUUUGCUUCAUUUUCACUCUUAAUAUGAAACAUUACUCAUUUAAUUGUUGAAAAAACAAUAUUAAUUUUCUGAUCAAUAAAAUCGUAUGCUUACCAGUUCUU